AUUUGCAGGAGGAAAUAUCUAGGUAGCGCUUGGAACCUUUAUAAGGUCCAAACUGAACAAUAAGGGCACAACAAUCUAACAGUCUACCUGGAAAUGGCUGGAAGGAUUCUAUGCUAUCAAAAGAAUAGUGUGCUUUGCUUUGUGCUGGUGAUGGUCUGGGAGGUAGCUUCCGGGCAAAUACAUUAUUUGAUUCCUGAGGAAAUGGAGAAAGGUUCUUUCGUAGGAGAUAUUGGAAAGGAUCUUGGACUGAGCAUAAAGGAGUUAUCAAGUGGAGACACCCGGAUAAUUUCCAGAGGUAUGAAGCAAUAUUUUUCACUUGAUUUGAGAAAUGGACAUUUGUUUAUCAAGGAAGUAAUUGAUAGGGAGCAGAUUUGCCACCAGGUAGAAAAAUGUCUGUUAAAUUUUGAGAUUCUUGUGAAGGAUAAAGUGAAGUUUUUUAUGGCUAAAGUUGAAAUAACUGAUAUUAAUGACAACUCACCCAGCUUCCCUGUAGAAGAGUUUGAAUUAACAAUUGCUGAAAACUCAGGUCAUGGGGCAAGGUUUCUUUUACCAGGGGCUCAGGAUCCAGAUCUAGGGACUAAUUCUCUCCAGAGCUACCAUCUCAGUAGCAACAGACACUUUUCCCUGGAUGUACAAGCUGGAGCUGAUGGGAUCAAAUAUGCAGAACUAGUCCUAGAAAAGCUGUUAGAUCGAGAAGAACAAAAAGUGCACCAACUAAUUCUCACUGCUGCUGACAAAGGAGAACCUGCCAGGUCUGGGACUGUGCAAAUCCGUGUUGCUGUUGCAGAUGUAAAUGACAAUGCUCCCAUUUUCAGUAAGUCUCUGUAUGAAGCGGACGUUAUGGAAAACAUGCUUCUAGGGUCGCACGUGUUAAUUCUGAAUGCAACUGACCUCGAUGAGGGAAUAAACUCAAAGGUAAUGUAUUCAUUCAGAAAAAUUUCAGACAAAGCUUCCAAAAUAUUCCACUUGGAUUCCGCAACAGGGCAGAUAUCAGUCAUUGGGAAUAUUGACUUUGAAGAAUCUAUAGCACAUGAAAUGGAAGUCCAAGCACAAGAUGGGGCUGGCUUGUCUACUCGCGCUAGAGUAGUCCUAAGAGUCAUGGAUGCGAAUGACAAUCCACCAGAGAUUGCAAUUACACCACUUUUCAGCAAGGUUGCAGAAAGUUCUCCUCCAGGAACUGUAAUAGGUCUUAUAAAUAUAAAUGACAGAGAUGAUGGGGAAAAUGGAGAGGUCUCAUGUUCUAUACCAGCAGGACUUCCGUUUCUGUUGAAGAAAGCAUUUGACAAUUAUUACAACUUGGAGAUUGCAAGUGUCCUUGACAGGGAGAGGGUCUCAGAAUAUAACAUCACAAUAAUAGCAAGUGACCAAGGGGCUCCUUCUCUCUCGACAACUGCUUACUUCCCACUAGAAAUAUUAGAUGAAAAUGACAACCCACCCACCUUUAAAAAUAUAGCAUUCACUUUUUAUCUUGAGGAAAAUAACCACAGAAGUGAAUUCAUUACUAUUUUGAAGGCACAUGACUCUGAUUGUGAGGAAAAUGGCAGAAUAAUUUACUCGAUCAUCGAAAGAGAUAUUGUGCAGCCCAACACUAAGAAAGUCUACUCGGAAGUGAAUUCCAAUGAGCUCAAUGGGACUUACUCUCAGAUCAGUGAGCAUGAGACUAUAGUUAGAAAUUCCUUCCUUCCUACCUACCUCUCAAUUAACUCUGAAACUGGAGCAAUCUAUGCCCUACACUCCUUUGACUAUGAAGAGAUCAGGGAGAUUAAUUUCCUGGUCAUGGCCCAGGACGGAGGUUCUCCACCACUCAGCUCCAACGUCUCGGUGACUCUCUUCAUCCUGGACCAGAAUGACAAUGCUCCCCAAAUCCUGUACCCCUCCCCUCCCACUGAUGGCUCCACGGGGAUAGAGCUGGCCCCUCACUCCUCUGAGCCAGGCUACCUGGUCACUAAGGUGGUGGCCGUGGAUGCAGACUCUGGCCAGAAUGCCUGGCUCUCCUACCAGCUGAUCAAGGCCACUGAGCCAGGGCUCUUCACUCUGGGGCUCCACACGGGAGAGAUCAGGACAGCCCGUUUCUUUCUGGAGAAAGAUACUCUCAAGCAAAGCCUGGUGGUUUUAGUGAAGGACAAUGGGCAGCCACCUCUCUCUGCUUCAGCCACUCUGACUGUGGUGCUGGCUGACACCAUCCCUGCAAUCCUCUCGGACCUGAGCAGCAUCUCAGUAUCUGAAGACCCACAAUCUGAUGGUCAGCUCACUUCGUACCUGGUGACUGCAGUAGCUGCUAUCUCCUGCUUGUUCUUCACCUUUCUGCUUUUGUUACUAGCUUUUAGACUUUAUAGGUGGAGAAACUCACAAUCGUGUGGCUCAGGAUUUGGAAAUUUCAAUGGAGUACCUGUUUCACAGUUUGUGGGCAUUGAUGGUGUCCGGGCUUUCCUUCAGUCUUACUGCCCUGAUGGCUCACUAACUACCUGCUCCCAAAACAAUAAAAUGGUUUUUCCAAUUGGAAGUUGUACAGAUAUUCUCGCAUCUCAUCCACUGGCUGAUAAUUUAGGUCCUUUAUUAACCAUGGAAGAUCCAAGCACUGAUACAGUACGACAAAACUCUGAGCAGGUGAGUUUCAUUUUCUAAAAUUAAGAUUGCUCACAUUUUACAAUGUACAAAGCAGAAACAAGUUGAAUGUGAUACAGUCUGCAGAGCUCAUUGAGCACUGAGCUAAGAAUUGUGCAAAGUGGAUUUGUAUUUAAUUUACUAGGGUUCAGCCAUGUAUUUUCAGUAUAGUACGCCACCAAACAUUAGUUGAUUUGCACUCCCUAAAUUCAGAAAGUGAGUGGUAUUUGCACUUUAUUUGCUGUCUAGCGACCAUGGCUGAAUUUUUUAGUGGCAAAUAAUGGGAAAGAAAUGGGCAUAAAGGAACAAACACUUGCAGACAAGAGGUCCUAUUAAAGUAUUUCCUUAAUAGAUGGCAUUUGGGUUCGUUACUGGGUUGGAUUUAUCUAUAUCAGCAGGGAGAGGUUCAUUGCUCUUGGCAAGUAGCUGCUUGAACUAUCCUAAGUCAAGCUGGCAUUGGGAACUGGCAUUAUUGGGCCACAGCAAGGGGCCCACGAGCAAUCCCUGAGGUCUCCGAUUCCAGGUGCUUCUCCUUGCUUGUUCGGAUGCUGUCUCUGAGUCAGUGAGCAGGGAUAGGAGGGAGAAAAAUGUGCAGCUGCCAUUGCUCACCUCUCCCUCUGGUCACUGAUCACGGCUGGAGGAGGCAAGAGCUGAGUGUAUUUAUUAUUGUUCUACUUGUUCUAAUUUUUCUAAAUUGUCUUGAAAUCUCUGGUGAAAGAUGGUUUUAAAUAAAUAGAGCAUGCAACUGAAAUAUUUGCUGCUACAAACAAAGUAACUUUCCUUAACAUUCAACAAAUCUGGCUACAACUGAUCAAUCCUUGGUUUCUGUUCUCUGCUGGCAUUUCCUUAACUUCUUGCCUUCCGCACUUUUGGAACACUUCUUUUCUACUGUCAUUACAAAAACUCUGCUGGACCACAAUUGAGGCACCAGAACUGAAAAGAAAAGUCUCCAUAUAUUAGUGAACUGGGUUUAGUUAGUAGGUGGUUGUCAGGUCAGACCACACACUUAGGUCAGGUCAGACCACACAAUGACCAGAAGGCUAUCCUGUCCUUUCCGGCUUGGGGGAACACAGUAGCACCUGGUGAUUAUGGGAGUGGGGAGCAGGUGGGCUUACUGAGCAAGGUCCUGCCCAAGGGCCCUCCCAAACCUGAAGCUGAGACUGACCACCAAACCUGAAUCUACUUGUACUCCACUAGCCAUUUGACAGCAAUGCAACACAAUAUAAAAAUGGAUUCUUUCCCACUAUGAUUCUUAAGAUGAGAUGCCUGUGCUUGGGUAGAGAGGAUAUUGAGGGAGGGAAGGGAAGAUUGCUAAUCCCCUGGGAGCUAGUGGAUUUUAUACCAUCCUUGUCUGUUGGUGUACACUAAGGCUAUGUAAACGCUAGCAGCUUAAAACACAGCGAGGUAGAUUUUCCUAGCUGCAUUUCAAGCCACAUUUGCACAUUGCUGCACACACCAGAGAGGGGCCAGGGUCCAAGAUGUCUUCACUGGUGCACUUUAUCAAUGGUACGGAAAGCUGCUGAGAUAUCAAGCAAAAGAAUCAAGGAUUGUCAUCCAUCAGAGAGACCAAGGCUUAUUCAGUCCUGAACUCAGGCAUCAACCAGACUGGAAUGGAUCCAGAAAAUCAUUCUCAUCCAGGAAUGCUGCAGUUGUUCCACCACAACUCUUUCACUUUCCCCAGAAUGAAGCUACUUGAGACUUGGUAAUAGUUGCUGCAAGCCAAUUUGUCCAGGGCUGGCUUUUUCAGUAGUGCCCACACCAACUUCUUUAAGUGCCACUCCCUCAUGCAAAAAUAAAAAUAAAGACCGUUGCUGCUUGGACCCAUCCAGUCAACCCCCAGGCUCAAUAUUGGCAGGGAUUGAGAGGGCACCCCUGCAAGCACCCUGCCCGUGUCUUCAGGCUGCAGAAGCUGAAACUGACCCCACAAAGUUGUAGACAAUUUAGCAUUCAACGCAUUGUUGUGCAUGAGUGGGUGGGGCUAGUCUAGCACAGUGAUCCAGAGGGCAAAGGUGGCCCAACAAAAUUCAGAUUUAAAGGUGUUUCAAAACAAACACUAAAAGUGUAUGCAAGCAGGUGGUUCCAAAUAAGAUAACCGAUGACAGUCAAAUACACAUAGCACACCUACAGUACAUGCAGCAUGUUUAAUUGAUUGACAAUUUUAUAAGCCCUCCUUCAGUAACAAGACUGUCAAAGAGGCUAGAGCCCCAUUUUACAAAGAAGGAGAAGCAAAGCAUAAUAAUAAAUGACUAGUCAAAUAUCAGCAUAACUCACCGGCCACUCUUCAUUUUCCCUCCUCCAGUAACUCCCUCUCUUUCUUUCUAAGGCAAACUAUUCUUGCCUCUGUCUUCCCUGACUUAAUUUGUGUAAGGACCCUCCAGUACUUAGUCUUGGGUUCCAUGAUCACUGCAGAUGGUGACAGCAGUCACGAAAUUAAAAGAUACCUGCUUCUUGGGGGAAAAGCAAUGACAAACCUAGACAGCAUCUUCAAAAGCAGAGACAUCACCUUGCCAACAAAGGUCCGUAUAGUUAAAGCUAUGGUUUUCCCAGUAGUGAUGUAUGGAAGUGAGAGCUGGACCAUAAAGAAGGCUGAUCGCCAAAGGAUUGAUACUUUUGAAUUAUGGUGCUGGAGGAGACUCUUGAGAGUCCCAUGGACUUCAAGAAGAUCAAACUUAUCCAUUCUGAAGGAGAUCA